AUUGACUGCCAUAGACAUCAGUUCUUUCUACUGUAUUAACUAAUCAACAUGAAAGCUUUCGCAUUCUUGCUCUUCGCUUUGGCUUUGGCCGCUCCAGCAUUCGGUGAGGUCUUGAACCGUUGCUCCUUGGCUCGUGAGAUGUCUCGCUUGGGUGUACCACGUGAUCAAUUGGCUCGUUGGGCUUGUAUUGCCGAACACGAGAGCUCUUUCCGCACCGGUGUUGUCGGACCAACCAACUACAAUGGCUCCAACGAUUACGGUAUCUUCCAAAUCAACGACUACUACUGGUGCCAACCUGCUGACGGUCGCUUCUCCUACAACCAGUGCCACAUCAGCUGCAAUGGAUUGUUGACCGACAACAUUGAACCCUCUGUACGUUGCGCCCAAGAGAUCUUGCGCAUGCAAGGUUGGUCUGCCUGGUCCACCUGGCACUUCUGCGACGGCUAUGUGCCAAGCAUUGAUGACUGCUUCUAAGUUGAUUGCCGUUUUGAUUUUGUCAUUUGUGAGUAAAGAAAAAAAUAAAAAAGCGAUAAAUUCAUAA